UUCUUGCUGAAUCAAAUAUUCAUAUUUCAGCUCCUUAAUUUGGAUCCUUACAUGCAUUAGCAAAAGGAAAUUGGUCCAGUCUUGUAGAACAGUUCUUCCUUUAGAACAUUUUCAAAAACAGUGUUGAAAAUGUUAAAGGUCUUUGUAGCUGUAGGGUUGCUGGUGUGUCUCUGCAGCACUUUAGGUUCUGUAGAAGGAGGGAAGAUACUGGUGAUGCCGGUGGAUGGCAGCCACUGGCUCAGCUUGAAGAUCCUGGUGGAGGAAUUGUCUGAGCGAGGACAUGAAAUGGUUGUUCUGGUUCCUGAGGCCAACUUUAUUAUUAAGAGUUCUGAUAAAUACACCACCCAGACCUUCAAGGUUCCCUACACAACAGAAGACCUGCAGGGCAGCUUAAAUGGCUUGAAAGAGGGCAUCACUAAGGCACCACAGUUUUCAGACAUUUUGGAGAACAUCAGGCGCCUCAAGAGCUUCACCGAGACUCAAGUGAAAGGAUGUGAGAUGCUCCUGUAUAACAAACCUCUCAUGAAGGAACUACGAGAGAAGAAAUUCGAUCUGAUGCUCACUGAUCCCUUCUUGCCAUGUGGCCCCAUCAUCGCAGAGGCUUUCUCCCUCCCCGCCAUCUACUUUCUCAGAGGGAUCCCCUGUGAGCUGGACCUGCAGGCAGCCCAGUGCCCAUCACCUCCUUCUUUUGUCCCACGAUUCUCUACUGGGAACUCAGACGUCAUGACGUUUCCUCAGAGGGUGAAGAACAUGAUCAUGGUGGGAGUCGAGUCGUGCCUCUGCAGAUAUAUUUUUGCAAGUUUUGAUGAGUUGAGCAGCAGAUACUUGAAUAAACCCGUUACGUUUAAAGAGAUUCUCGGUAAUGGUGCCAUUUGGCUGCAUCGCUAUGACUUUACCUUUGAGUACCCGCGACCUGUGAUGCCCAACAUGGUGAAGAUUGGUGGCAUCAACUGUGCCAAGAAAAAGCCUCUUCCAGCGGAUCUGGAGGAGUUUGUGAAUGGAUCUGGAGAGCAUGGCUUUAUCGUCUUUACUUUAGGCUCUAUGGUCUCUGACCUUCCUGAAGAUAAAGCCAGAGAGUUCUUCAAUGCCUUUAGACAGAUUCCACAGAGGGUUCUGUGGCGAUACACCGGGGUCGUUCCUGCAGAUGCUCCCAAAAAUGUCAAAUUGAUAAAGUGGCUUCCACAGAACGACCUCUUAGCUCACCCCAAGGCCAAGCUGUUCAUCACGCAUGGAGGAACUCACGGUAUCUACGAGGGAAUCUGUAACGGCGUACCUAUGGUCAUGAUCCCACUGUUUGGAGAUCAGGGAGACAAUGUUAAUCGUAUGGUGGUACGAGGGGUUGCAGAGACCCUCACCAUGCAUGACACAACCACAGAGAAGCUGCUGGGGAAGAUCCGACAGGUCAUCAACGACAAAAGCUACAAGGAGAAAAUGACGAAGCUGUCAGCGAUUCAUAAUGACCGCCCGAUCGAGCCACUGGACCUGGCCGUGUUCUGGACCGAGUUUGUGUUGAGACACGGAGGAGCUGAACACCUGAGACCAGCCGCUCAUGAACUUAACUGGAUUCAGUACCACAGCCUGGAUGUUAUAGGCUUCCUGCUGCUCAUACUAGUGACUGUUGUAUUUAUUUCCUUCAAAACAUGCAUGUGCUGUUUUAGGAGGUGCUGCAGGAAGACCAAUAAGACCAAAAAGGAGUGAACGGUUUAGUAAAUGAUAAACAAUCAAUAAUUUUAUACCAUGGCCUUUCUGAUUGGCUGGUGGGUGUGUGUUAAUUUUCUAUUGGGCAGCUCUAAAGUAGAAGGAGUUAAAUGUUUAAUCACAGAUCUGAAUCAGAAAACACAGGAAAACGACGCCCUGGCAAAUUCUCCUGAAGAAAAUGAGCUCUGACUUGGUAACAGACUUGCUUCAUCUCUUUAUAUUUCACCUCAACUCAGUGUUUAUUUUGGUUGGUAGAUUCUUUAAUCCCUGUCACUGUAUGACCAUAAGUAUUUGGACACCUGACCAUGAGCUUGUUGUACAUCUUAUUUUAGAAAAAAAACCACUGUGAUUUUUUUUUAGCUGUAACAACAGUCACUAUUUUGAGAAUCUUACAAGACAUUGAAGCAAUUGAGCAAGGACAAGAUUACAGCAUUUGUACGGCUGGGCACUGAUGUUGGUUGAGAAAGCUUUAAUUGAUGUUCCAGCUUAUUCCAAAGCUGUUCAAUGAGGCUGAGGUCAGGGCUUUUCUUUACAUCUCUAUAGAGCUUAACUUUCCAUCUCACUUCCUUUAUUUAAUUAUAUAUAUAUAGACAUGCUUGUAAAAAGACUUCUGUGGAUCUAGCUGAAAUAAAAGUCACUACAUGAAAUGGGAUGUCCAGCAAGCUCAUGGUGAGGUGUCCAAAUACUUUUUGCCAUAUAGUGUACAUAUACAGGGGAAUACACAUAUGGUGUAUUAAUAGUUGUCCAUUUUUUAAAACAGAAAUAAGCAGAUCAUUAAAACUGUGACUUUAGGUUGGAUGAUGACAGUUGUAUAAAUGUAUGAUUGUGUUUUACUUCUGGUGCUGUCGGUGUACUGCAGUGUAUCGCUUAUAAGUGACUGAAAUUACUACCUCCACCUGACCUCUGUUAUAUAGAGAAUCUGGGCCGUGUUUAUUCUCAACCAGUCUGACUGAAGCUACCAUUUAAAAGAUGCUGUUGAAGUCAAAACUUUAUAGACACUAGGAUGUACACCGACUAGGCAUGACAUUCUGAGCACUGACAGGUGAAGUAAGUAACACUGAUUAUCUCUUCAUCACGGCACCUGUUAGUGGGGGGGAUAAAUUAGGCAGCAAGUGAACAUUUUAUCCUCAAAGUUGAUGUUAGAAGCGGGAAAAAUGGGCGAGCGUGAGGAUUUGAGCGAGUUUGACGAGGGCCGAAUUGUGAUGGCUAGACGACUGGGUCAGAGCAUCUCCAAAACUGCAGCUGGUCAGUAUCGAUCAAAAGUGGUCCAAGGAAGGAACAGUGGCAAACCGGCGACAGGGUCAUGGGCUGCCAAGACUCAUUGAUGCACAUGGGGAGUGAAGGCUGGCCCGUGUGGUCCAAUCCAACAGGCAAGCUACUGUAGCUCAAAUUGAUGAAGAAGGUAACGCUGGUUCUGAUAGAAAGGUGUCAGAAUACACAGAACAUCACAGUUGCAGGGCUGUUGCAGGACCAACACAAUAUUAGGAAGGUGGUCAUAAUGUUAUGCCUGAUCGGUGUAUGUAAGCUGCAUGUAGGUCAUGGCAGUCCCGCAAUAGCUAUUUUUCUGUGACUGAAGUUUGGAACGCGCUUGUUCCUCAAAACCCUUUUCCUAAAUUUGAGUUGAUUUAGUUACAAAUCUAUUGUGGAUUUUCUACAAAUAUACAUGAUCAAAAAUAAAUAUACAGCAACUUAAAUGAUGAAUUGAUUUGUGUAGUAAGUUCUAUAAUGCCAGUGAAGUCAUUGUUAUUUAUUAUGACUGACUACAGCUAGUGGCCAGUCUCUGUAAGUAAAUAGGGCAUUAUUAAAAAGUACAUGGAACAGUGGUCAGACAGAAAGCCAAAGUCAGAUGUAAAUUAUUUCAAACUUUCUACUAAACAUAUUAAUCAACCAGGUUACUCAUAUUUAUGUUCGAAGCAAGAAGUGUCUAUAAGUCAGUUACAAUAUCAAAAAUAAUUAAAAUCCCAAAACUGUUAUGACAUACAUGACAAUUAACCUUACAAUUGUAUGUAAACUUUUGAAUUUACCUGUACUAAUUGGUACAAUCUAAAAAAAGCUCAAAAGUAGUUACUCUUUAGAGACUACGCAUAAAAAUUGAUGCCUGAGGGAUAGCACACCAGGGCCGAGAUUCUGAACUCCUCGGUUCAAAACUUGGCGUUGCCACCAGUCGGCUGGGCAUAAUUGGCGGUGCCUGCAGCAGACACGUUUCUGCUAGGGCGGGAUGACCGUACCAUGUGGGUGGGGUCUUCAAGCACUGUGUAAGGACCCUGACUGGCAGAUAGAGGCGCCUGUGGAGAAUUCAUGGGUGAAUAAGUGUUCCGCUAAGAGCUGCGCGGGUCAAAGGAGGCAUGAGCAGUAAUAUACCCACCUCAACCGCAAUCAGGGAUCCUCCAGCAGCGGAAGACAAAUUGACUACACUAAAUUGGAAGAGAAUGGGAGAAAAUGCAUAAAUAAAAUAGAAAAACAAAUUGAUGCCUGGAGGUCUGUGAAAAUUACAACUUUUUUCACUUAUUCUUUAUCUUAGCAUAAAAGUAUAAGAAGUUAAUUUUGUAAAACAGGAACAAUCUAUAUUUAUUAUCAUUCUUACAAACAAAAUAAAAGCAACUGGAAACUGGAAGUGGAGAAAAACAAAUGAACCAUUUCAGAAUGUUCCAUGAGCUCAUGUGGUGUAAUGGUAAGAGUCACGCUGUUAUGAGUUUGGGCUCACAAAAUAGAAAAGGGGCAUAUCGUAACAUAAAGCUAGCCACUGGGGUGAUACAUAUCAUUUCAUCCUUUUUGUCCCAAACCAUGAUCCUCUGUGGCGACACCAUCUGAAGCAGCCGAAAGGAAUCACGUAUCAUUUAUAAUAAAAUACUAUAGUAGCACUUACAUGUGGUGGUUCUUGUGUGAUUGUUUUGAGUUGCUUUGCUUCAUUUUUGUCAGAAAAUUCUUGAGAAGAAAGUAAAAUCAUCUGUCUGUUGACUGUGUUAUGCAGCAGGACAAGGAUACAAAAUACAAGGUUUUGAAAAGGCCUAGUGAUAUUCAUGUGAGAUUAAAAAUGAGCAGUCCUCUAAUCUACAGUGAUUAUAGAAAGUGGUUAGAUGCUGUUAUUGCAGUUAAUGGUGUUGCACCCAGUUACCAAGUUCAUGAAGAAAUAAUGUUUGACAAAAGUGAUGUGGGUGAUUGAUAAUGUUGUCCUUUAUAUAAAUAAAAUUAUAUAUUAUAAAA